AUGGAGUCACCUGCGUGGAUGUUCACAAAAGCUUUGUCACAUCGUCAGAAGGUGUGUCGUCUUUAUAAAAAAGCACUACGUGAGGUGGACAACUGGUAUGGUGGUGAUAACUUGGAGGUCCGUUACCAAAAGGUGAUUAUGCGUGCACGAUUUGAAGCUAAUAGAGAUGAGAAGGACACUCGUAAGAGUCAGUAUUUGCUCGCUGAUGGCUGCCGACAACUGUGGGAAAAGCGUCAUUUUAAACCAUUCAGAUACCCUCUCGACCCUGGAGGCAGCAGUUACGAUCGAGAGCGGGAAUCACCCGACGUGAUCCUGGAUUCCGAUCAGUGGACGUUGGCUGAACGAGAGCAGUUCCCCUACUACUUCAACAAACGCGAACAGAGGAAAAAAGAACUGCUUAGUCACUGGUCCAAAAUCGAAAAGGCAUGGGAUGACGAAAUCGCCUCAAUUCAAACAGUUCUACCGAAAGAAAAGCCCACGACGAAGGCAAUGAAAUGCGAUGGCUGCAUUAGAGCCCCAAAAACCUACAACUUGUCACUCAGUCAGGAUGAAACAUUUUGCGUUGAUCAAUCCGCUUGGGAUGACCACAUUCACUUCAAUUCAGAAUCGUUUGAGGUUGACGAACGUGUUACCGGCCAAUACAAGGACUUGCAGGGGCUGGCUGAUGUGUCAAACGAUAUUGAGCCAAAUCCUUCAAUCAUAUCGCCUUGGUCGUCGUUCCUCACAGCGAUCACGCAGGCUUCUACCUUCGUCUCAUCACCAUCACGUCAGCAAAUGGCGAGGUCUACGAUCUACCUAUGA